AUGGAAGAGAUUUUCGAUGAUUUAAUUUGUCUGGAUGAAGAAGGAGAAUCGGUGGAAGCUGACGUGAGCGAAAAUUUGUUAGAGAUCAAGCAAAGAACUCGAUGUCCUAGAAUGCCAGAACUAUGUGUAAACCGCCACAGGAAGCAUGAUAAUAUUGCGCGACGUCGUUUUCCAAAUGGCAAACAAAUAUCAUCUAGAUACUAUUGUUGUGAAAAAACGUCUGAUUUGACACGGGGCGAUUUUCAUGGAGGUGCAAGAUGUAGUAGAGUGGAAAGAAUAGAGAAUAUGGAUGAGCUUACUGUCGACACAAAUCUUUUAGAAGUUGAUAGCUGCGAAGGAGAUGAUAAUGAUUGCUCGGAAUCAAAAAAAAGUUCAACCGUACACCAGUUGCCAGGAAAGGGAGAGAAUAGGGUCAGUGUCAACCAUGCGAGCCUAACGUCAUCAGUGGGUUUACAAAUAUAUGGUGAUGACGAAGAUUGGCCUUAUCUUUCCGGCGAUGUCGAUGAGGAAGCUGUACGAUUGGCAGCAAGCCUGGACCCAAGCGCAACUGAAGAAGCAAAAGAUGGUUCACAGCAGGAUCCACGGGAUGCGAGUGAAAAGAUGACCGACAAAUGGAAUUCACAACAGUACUGUAACAGCAAUGAGUCAUCUUGCCACAGCAAGGCUCCAGAUAAGCUUGAUGCCGUUCCCCAAGUAAGGCCAAACGAUAAUGUUAUGGGACUGUUUUUAAAAGCUCCAGAAGACGGAGAUGAAAUUGAGGAAAAAUUGAUUCGUGAAGACUGA